AUGAAGGUCAUUCUCCUUAAGCCGGUUCAGUUGCCAAUGCUACUCUUAAUACUAUUAAAAUUUAUUAUGGCCGCUAAGGAAGGCAAAAUACAUGUCUUAGAAUUCAAUGCGAGCAGUGAAUACACGCUUGAUAAGAGAAGAGUUAUCUCCAUAAAUGGCUACAGCGCUACAUUUGGCCCAGAAAUUCGAGUUAAAUCCGGUGACACUCUUAACUUGAAAUUGACUAACUGGAUAUGUUCAGAAGAAGAAGCUAGUAAAGACAGUGAUGUUUGGAAGGAUUACUGUUCAACAGCUUUACAUUUUCAUGGGGUGGUACCUUUAGCAAAUGAAUUUGAUGGAAUUCCAGGUUUAACACAGCCCACUAUUGGAUAUGGAGAAAGUUAUUGGUAUAAUUUUACCAUUGAUCAAUCAACCUGUGGUACUUUUUGGUACCAUUCGCAUUCAUCAGUACAAUACGGUGACGGUAUGAGAGGUGUUCUGAUAGUUGAAUGCGAUGAUUAUGAUAAUCAUGUGGCAAAUACUAUUAAUUCUGUGAGAGACAUAGAGACACUAGAUGACGGUGUUGUUACAAUGAAAAAAGAUAAACACACGAAGGAAUUGACGGAUUAUGAAGUUCAAGAAAGGAUUAUCACUUUGAGUGAUUGGUAUACCAAUUGGAAUUUGGACAUUUUAAACGACAAGGUUUUGUCAUCUACCGGGGGUACAGAUCCCAAAUUUGAUGGAUCAUUAAUAAAUGGAAAAUCAUCUGACGGUGAAACUAUCAAAAUAGGAUUUAACACCGAGUAUCUUCUUUUGAGAAUCGUAAACUCAGGAAUGUCUGGUACUCAAGUCUUUCACCUUGAUGGAUUCCAAUUAAUUGUUCUAGAAGCCGACGGGAUUAUGAUUAAACCGUUCAUUGUACAAACGAUAAAUUUAGCGGUCGGACAAAGAUAUACAAUUUUGGUCAAACUAAAGUCUGACACUAGUUUUAUUCGUAUGAUUAAUGGCUGUAACAAAAUGAUGGGUUAUAUAACAAAACAGUGGUGGUUUUACAAAGAAGGCGCUCAUUUGGACCUACCAAAGAACCCCAAUGACGUUUCCAUCGAACACUUGCCUGGUUUCACUAAGGCCGAGCUUUAUCGCGACAUAGAACCAACGCAAGAAGAGAAUAAAAAGUUACGCACAAAGGCUGAUCCUGUUGCAGUUUUCGAAUUCGAUUAUGCUUAUUACAAAGAUGAAAGCACGAAACAAAAGUAUGGGACUGGGAUGUAUAAGGUGAACGAACGGACAUUCAGCGAGUACGUAAAAGACCCGGUAAGGUUCGGAUUCAACGAAACAUAUGAUAUUGUAAUCAACUCACUGGACCACAUGAGACACCCAUGGCAUAUGCAUGGCCAUCACUUCCAGAUAAUAUCUCUUGGCAAUAAAGGUGAUGGCCCAUUUCACAAAGACGUACAAGAGGGCAAGGCAUGGAGCCGCUAUCAGAACGAUUUACGUCACCUGGCCCGAACCGGAAAGGCACCGAUGGUAAGGGAUAGCAUUAACAUUGCAGGAAAUUCUUACGCGGUUUUGAGAAUUAACACCGAGAUGCCCGGAAAAUGGCUUUUACAUUGUCAUGUGGAGUGGCACAUGAUGAAGGGGCUUGGCAUUGUCUUUGAGGUUCCGACAACAACCGAGGACAGUACCAAACAAGCAACUACAGCUGUAUUAUCGUACCCUACCAAGGAACCUGACCCUAACACUGUUGUCCAUACAGCCGCACUUGAACAAAAUAAGUCCAAGGUAAUAGCCGUCUACAUCCUAAUCAUGUGUGCGGUUGAUGCUAUCUUCUACUGGUUGCUCAUGUAA